GUCCUCGACGCCCUCAUCACCUUCUGGAGAGCAGACGACGCGGGAUUCCGACGAAACCAUGGCCGGCCGUGGCCCCCGCAGCCAGGAGGGCAUGUACACCUCUCCUUCCCCUCCGUCCUCCGACCCCCACGAUCCCUUCAGCAACACGCAAAUGCCUGAACCUCACCGAUAUUAUGACCAGGAGGACGACCAUAUAGACCAGUACGGCCGUCGCGACACCUAUGGCUCCGAGGGGAGCAACCUCGACGAGGACCGCUACUACGAGCAGGGCGGCGCUUAUGAUUACGCCCAACAAGACACCGACUCCGAUGUCGACGUGUACGGCCAGAAGUACCCUCCGUCGCAGGAGUCGCUGGGCCCACCGCGCAUGGGCAUCUCGGAGUCCUCAACACCGACCUUCAUCGACCAUAACGGAGUCUCGGGGCGCGAACCCUACCCUGCAUGGAGUUCCGAGCGACAAAUUCCUCUGUCCAAGGAGGAGAUUGAGGACAUCUUCCUUGACCUUACGCAGAAGUUUGGAUUCCAGCGGGACUCGAUGCGCAACAUGUUCGAUUUUGUGAUGCAGCUCCUGGACAGUCGAGCGUCUCGUAUGUCGCCGAACCAGGCUCUGCUGACCUUGCACGCCGACUACAUCGGUGGCCAGCAUGCGAACUACCGCAAGUGGUACUUUGCUGCGCAGCUCGACCUCGACGACGCGAUCGGUCAGACGCAGAAUCCCGGCCUUUCGCGGUUGCGAUCCCAGAAGCGGCAAACGAAGGGGCACAAGGCAGCCGAGCGUCAACUACACGGUGCACUAGACCGGUGGCGGCAGGCGAUGAACAACAUGAGCCAGUACGACCGGAUGCGUCAGAUCGCGCUGUGGCUGCUGCUCUGGGGCGAAGCUGCGCAGGUCCGGUUCGUGCCCGAGUGUCUGUGCUUUAUCUUCAAGUGUGCGGACGACUACUACCGGUCGCCCGAGUGCCAGAGCCGAGUCGACCCCGUGCCAGAGGGACUCUACUUGCACGCGGUAGUCAAGCCACUCUACCGGUUCAUCCGGGAUCAAGGGUACGAGGUUGUAGAUGGGAAGUUUGUACGGAAGGAGCGCGACCACGACCAGAUUAUCGGGUAUGACGACGUCAACCAGCUGUUCUGGUACCCGGAGGGCAUUGCCCGCAUCGUCUUGACUGACAAGUCCCGCCUCGUCGAUCUCCCUCCGGCACAACGGUUUAUGAAGUUCGAUCGCGUCGACUGGAACCGCGUCUUCUUCAAGACGUACUACGAGAAGCGCUCUUUCGGCCACCUCCUCGUCAACUUCAACCGCAUCUGGGUCAUCCACAUUUCGAUGUAUUGGUUCUACACGGCAUACAACUCCCCCACGAUCUACAACGGCGAGGCGCAUGCAGCGAUGCGCUGGUCUGCGACGGCACUGGGCGGCGCCGUUGCGAGUAUCAUCAUGAUCUGUGCAACACUGGCGGAGUUCUCGUACAUCCCUACAACCUGGAACAACACCUCGCACCUCACUCGGCGACUUAUAUUCCUCUUCGUCACCCUUGCUCUUACUGCUGGUCCGACCUUCUACAUCGCCAUCGCUGAGAGCAAUUCUCCCGGUGGUUCGCUGGCUCUCAUCCUUGGUAUCGUGCAGUUCUUCAUUGCCGUCGUCGCCACACUCCUCUUCGCCAUCCUCCCUUCCGGUCGAAUGUUCGGUGACCGAGUUGCCGGCAAGUCACGUAAAUACCUCGCGAGCCAGACUUUCACCGCCAGUUACCCUUCGUUGAGCUCCUCCGCGCGCCUGGCUUCUGUCGGGCUGUGGCUCCUCGUCUUUGGGUGCAAGUUCACGGAAUCGUACUUCUUCCUGACGCUGUCGUUCAAGAACCCUAUCCGGGUCAUGGUCGGGAUGCAGAUCCAGGGCUGCAAGGACAAGUACUUUGGCAACGCGCUCUGCCGGAACCAGGCCGCGUUCACGCUCACGAUCAUGUACCUCAUGGACCUCGUCUUGUUCUUCCUGGACACGUUCUUGUGGUGGAUCAUCUGGAACACGGUAUUCAGCAUCGGUCGUUCGUUCGCGCUUGGGUUGUCUAUCUGGACGCCGUGGAAGGACAUCUACACUCGCCUCCCGAAGCGGAUUUACUCGAAGAUCCUUGCCACUGCUGACAUGGAGACCAAGUACAAGCCCAAGGUUCUCGUCUCGCAAAUCUGGAACGCCAUCAUCAUCUCGAUGUACCGCGAGCAUCUCCUCUCGAUCGAGCAUGUGCAGAAGCUGCUGUACCACCAGGUCGACGUUGGUCAAGACGGUCGUCGGAGCCUCCGCGCGCCGGCGUUCUUCAUCUCGCAGAGCGACAAGAACUUCCGCGGGGAGUUCUUCACACCCGGAAGCGAAGCCGAGCGUCGUAUCUCGUUCUUUGCGCAGUCGCUCACUACGGCCGUCCCUGAACCGCUCCCUGUCGACGCGAUGCCCACGUUCACUAUCCUGACCCCUCAUUAUAGCGAAAAGAUUUUGCUCUCUCUCCGUGAGAUCAUUCGCGAGGAGGACCAGAACACUCGUGUCACGCUACUUGAGUACCUGAAGCAGCUCCACCCGGUCGAAUGGGACAACUUCGUGAAGGACACCAAGAUCCUCGCGGAAGAGUCCCAGACGUUCAACGGGUCGAGUCCCUUCGGCGGCAUGGACGAGAAGGGUGCGUCGAAGGCCGACGAUCUGCCGUUCUACUGCAUUGGCUUCAAGUCUGCGGCGCCCGAGUUCACGCUGCGCACGCGUAUCUGGGCGUCGCUGCGGGCGCAGACUCUCUAUCGCACGGUCUCCGGCAUGAUGAACUACUCCAAGGCGAUCAAGCUUCUCUACCGCGUGGAGAACCCGGAGGUCGUCCAGCUCUUUGGCGGCAACACCGACAAGCUUGAGCGCGAGCUCGAGCGUAUGGCGCGCCGGAAGUUCAAGUUCGUUGUCUCGAUGCAGCGAUACUCGAAGUUCAAUCGUGAGGAGCAGGAGAACGCAGAGUUCUUGCUCCGUGCGUACCCGGAUCUCCAGAUCGCUUACCUCGAGGAGGAGCCCCCGCGCAAGGAGGGCGGCGACUCGCGCAUCUUCUCGGCGCUCAUCGACGGGCACUCCGAGUUCAUCGCCGACACUGGUCGCCGCAAACCCAAGUUCCGCAUCGAGCUUCCUGGUAACCCUAUUCUCGGUGACGGCAAGUCCGACAACCAGAACCACGCGAUCAUUUUCUACCGCGGCGAGUAUCUCCAGCUCAUCGACGCCAACCAGGACAACUACCUCGAGGAGUGUCUCAAGAUUCGAAACGUUCUCGCGGAGUUCGAGGAGUACAACGUCUCGAGCCAGAGUCCGUACGCGCAGUGGGGCCACAAGGACUUCAAGAAGUCGCCCAUUGCUAUCGUCGGUGCCCGCGAGUACAUCUUCUCGGAGAACAUUGGUAUCCUCGGUGACCUUGCAGCCGGCAAGGAGCAGACGUUCGGUACUCUGACGGCUCGGUCACUCGCAUGGAUCGGCGGCAAGCUUCACUACGGUCACCCCGAUUUCCUGAACGCGCUCUACAUGACCACGCGCGGUGGUGUCUCCAAAGCGCAGAAGGGUCUCCAUCUCAACGAGGAUAUCUAUGCGGGUAUGAACGCCUUCGGACGUGGUGGACGUAUCAAGCACACGGAGUACUACCAGUGCGGAAAGGGUCGUGACCUCGGCUUCGGAACGAUCCUGAACUUCCAGACCAAGAUCGGAACGGGUAUGGGCGAGCAGAUGCUCAGUCGCGAGUACUACUACCUCGGCACGCAGCUUCCGGUCGACCGCUUCCUGACGUUCUACUACGGCCACCCUGGGUUCCAUAUUAACAACAUGCUCGUUAUCCUGUCGGUACAGAUCUUCGUCAUGACGAUGGUAUUCUUGGGCACGCUCAACGGUCAACUCACGGUCUGCAAAUACUCGUCAUCUGGCCAGUUCAUCGGAACGACGGGCUGCUACAACCUUACGCCCGCCUUCCAGUGGAUCGACCACUGUAUCAUCAGUAUCUUCCUUGUGUUCAUGAUCGCCUACCUCCCUCUGUUCCUGCAAGAACUGGUUGAGCGUGGAACUGUCAAGGCCGUCAUUCGUCUGGCGAAACACUUCGGCUCUCUGUCGCCUGCGUUCGAGGUCUUCUCCACUCAGAUCUCGUCUCACUCGAUCAUCACGAACUUGACCUUCGGUGGUGCGCGGUAUAUUGCGACCGGACGUGGCUUUGCGACGACGAGGAUCUCGUUCGCUAUCCUCUACUCGCGGUUCGCGGGGCCUAGUAUCUACCUCGGGAUGCGUACCCUGGUCAUGCUGCUCUACGUGACGCUCACGAUCUGGACUGGAUGGAUCACGUACUUCUGGGUGUCGAUCCUGGCACUUUGCGUCUCUCCCUUCCUGUUCAACCCGCACCAGUUCUCCGCGGCGGACUUUAUCAUCGACUAUCGCGAGUUCUUGCGCUGGAUGAACCGCGGCAACUCGCGCGCCCAUGCCAACUCGUGGAUUGGGUAUUGCCGUCUCUCCCGGACGAUGAUCACUGGAUACAAGAAGAAACGUCUCGGUCACCCCUCAGAACGGCUGUCCGGCGACGUCCCCCGCGCCAAGUGGCGGGCGGUCAUCUUCUCCGAGGUCAUCUUCCCGCUUGUCAUGGCCGUCCUGUUCACCAUCGCGUACAUGUUCGUGAAGUCGUUCCCCGACAAGGACGGCAAGCAGCCGGCGGCGCCACUCAUCCGUAUCGCGGUCGUGGCUAUUGGUCCCAUCGUGUGGAACGCGGCGAUCCUGCUCGUGCUCUUCAUGUUCUCGCUGUUCCUGGGCCCCAUGCUCGACACCCCCUUCCCCAAGUUCGGUUCCGUCAUGGCGUUCUUGGGCCACACGCUCGGUGUUGUCGGCAUGAUCGCUUUCUUCGAGUUCUUCUGGUUCUUGGAGCUGUGGAACGUCGCGCACGCCGUGUUGGGUCUCAUCGCGAUCAUCUUCAUCCAGCGUGCGACGCACAAGAUCCUCAUCGCUGUGUUCCUGUCUCGCGAGUUCAAGCACGACGAGACGAACCGAGCGUGGUGGACGGGCAAGUGGUACGGCCGCGGCCUCGGGUCGUCGGCCAUGUCGCAGCCCGCGCGCGAGUUCAUCGUCAAGAUUAUUGAGUUGUCGCUCUGGAGCUCCGACUUCCUCAUCGGACACAUCCUCUUGUUCAUCCUCACACCUCCUAUCCUCAUUCCCUACAUCGAUCGCUUCCACUCGAUGAUGUUGUUCUGGUUGCGCCCGUCUAAGCAGAUUCGCGCGCCGUUGUACUCUAUCAAGCAGAAGAGGCAGCGCAGGUGGAUCGUCAUCAAGUAUGGGUUCGUCUUCGUGCUGGCGGUCGCCCUGUUCGCCGCGAUGCUCGUCAUCCCCCUAAUCUUCCGCCAAUCCCUGCAUGUGAACUGCACGAUAUGUCAGAGUAUCUGAUGGACUAAAGUUUCGUUCCCCCACAUCGCCACACCAUAGACAGGCUGCACUGUAUGCUCUCGACGUACUAUUUCCAUUCCCCCGCCUCAUGCGUUCUGUACUAGCCGGACUCUACAUAGCCUUUCUCGCCUGUCACUGAGAUGGACAAUUCACUACUAGCACCCCGUUUAUUCCCCCGCCCUCGCCGCGCGCGCUCUGCAGCCUGUCUUCGACCCGCCGCUUGGCCUAAUCCCCGUCACGGUACCGCCCGACCCCUUCGAGCUAGCCCUCGUCCCUCC